CUUAGACCCUGCUUCAGCAGACCCGACUUGCGCAGCUGAGCUGUUGGCAGUUCUUGCGGCAGUCCUGCAGAACGCUUGUACAGGGCGUGUGGCGGCAGGCUACGCCGAUGUACCUCAGGCGGUUAUGCAGGAUUGCGUCAGGCUUGCGGGCGCCAUGGUAACAUGGAUGGCACAGGGCGGAGCUGCAGGGGUUGCGUCGGCAACACCGGGCACUUGCGCAAGCCUGAAGGCAAGCCUAUCGACUUGGCCUUUGCAAGGGAGUGCCACAUGUACAUGUACAACGCUUGGACAAGACCCAGCGACGGCUCAAUAUGCCUUUUAGCUUUCCCGUAGGCGCUAAGUCUCCAUUACCACUUCCCUUUGUGAAUAUAUUGUGCAAUUCCAAGCCGCUUACAAGUCCUGGGCACCUUCCGCCACAACAACAGCCGACCCACAUGGUGCCCGUGAGCAUCCCGUGACACACCCCGUCAGCACCCCUGUGACACGCCCCGCACCCGAGAAGCGACCCGCAUGGACCUGCAAGGCCUCCCAGGGCCCUCCUGGAGAUUUUAGCUAAUCAAGUUAGCUAGUCAAGACCUGGGAUGGAUCUUAAAGCUGUUAGCGCGGAACUCCCUAAGCAAGCCUGACAAGCACCUGUCCCAAGCCUCGAAACCAGGAAGCACAGACGUCGAGGAGUUUGUAGCUGCUGCUCUGGACCUCGCCUCCCACGCAUUCUUCUCUCCGGAGUGGUACGAGCAGCUAGGGCCCAGCAGCUACGUGGCAGCGGGCAACGCGGUGCGCGGCUACGUGAGGGACUUGGCGCCCGUGGCACUGGAUGCUACGGAAGCAUGCUGGAGAGCCGUGGAGCAGCAGUUGGCGGCUGGCGACCCGACCGGCGAGGAGCUGCUCGAGGCGUGCAGGGCGCUGUUCGGGGCGCUGUUCGAGGGGCUGAGGCACCUGGGCACCACGUCUGCGGACCGCAUCAACGAUCCAGCCUUCCCACGCGAGAUGCGUUCCUUUGCCGGCCUCAACAUCCUGUGGGCGGGGCUGUCACGUGUGCUGACAGGACUGCCGCAGGAGGCGCUGCAGCAGCUCUUGAACGGUCACGCCGUCCAGUCGGUGCUCCGGUCGCUGCUGGGCUACCUGGCAGCGGAGGUGCGGGCCAUGGUGGCAAGCAGCGUGCCUGGGGAGUACGAGACACGGCUCAAGGUAUCCCGGUUCUGGCUGCAACACGCAGCCCGAGUGGCCCAAGCGCACCCCGCAGCGGCGGCCGUAUGCUGGGACGAGCUCGCAUCCACAGCGGCAGAGGUGUACGGGCACAUUGCAGCCUGCGCUGCCGCCGCUGCGAGUGCUGCUGCUUCGGCUGGCUCCAGCAGUCAACACCUGCAAGCACAACAGCAUUCGCCCCAGCAGAAGACGCUUGUGCAAAUGGCGCGGGAUUUGGACUCCGCGGUUGCAUGCAAGCUGACAUCGGUGUUGGCGGUGGUGCUGGAUGCGGGAUCGGCUGGAGGAGGGGGUGUAGCGGAGAAUGGCAACGGUGGUGGGGGAGCCGCUGGUGUUAGCAUGGCGGCUCCGAACAUGUUGGAGGCCCGACUGGCAAAGUUGGAGGCUCUAGCGCAGCAACAACAAGCCGCAUCACUGCCAGCUGCUGCCACUGGUACGGCGGCCCAUGCGGCCAGUGUCGUACCAACCGGUGCCGUACUGCUAGGCCUGGCGCUGCUACAGCGGGCAGCGCA